AAUACAAUAAUUUUAUGCGCUUCUAUUUUAUUCUUUUUAAUUAUUAUAGAACGUAAUCGCUAUCUUCCAGAUAAUGUCGUGAUAAACAUGUAUUUUAAAAGUGAAUUUAGAGGCCGAGAGCUUGUGAAAAGGAAAUUGUUUGCCGAUUAUUUGAAGAAAUUCAAUAAAUCGUACGGCCCUGAUGAAAUUCAUAAGAGAUUUCGAAAUUUUAAGACAAACCUCAAAGAAAUAGAGCGACUGAACGACGGCAGAAACGACGCCGUGUUCGGCAUCACCAAGUUCUCAGACUGGUCCAAACAGGACUUGCAGCAAAUGCUGUCACCGGAGCUCAGAGGGCGCUGCGAUCCAAGGCAACUUUCCUGCGAUACUCGCGGGUCAGCUAAAAGAAAACGGAACUUUGCAGAGACCAAUGAUGGGAUAGUCAGAAAAAGGUUGCCAGCUAGAAAAAAACGGAGUUUUGGAAAGAGAGGGAAAGGGAUUAAUAACUAUGAUGGAAAUAUAAGAAAAAGAUUGGAUUGGCGAGAUAAGGGCGCAGUCGGACCGGUCAUAGACCAGGGUCGUUGCCAAAUAUGCUGGGCUGUCUCCAUAGCGGGGGUCAUGGCAUCCAGGGCCGCUAUACGCAGACACAGCUACCAAGGCCUGAGCAUACAGCAACUUAUUGACUGCUCGUAUUACCACGAAGAAAACAAAAGAGCGUGCGGAAGAGGGCGGCCCCCGGUCGAAGUAUUUGAGUUCCUAUGCUCCGAACACACAAGGCUUGCAGCGGAUGCCGACUACCCCCUCACCUUUGCUGAUGAGAAGUGCAAACAUGUACAUGGAGUUAUUAGUUUGAAGAGCUUUAAUAAUGAGUGCGAAAUGUACAAAGAUGAAACGAAGUUAGUAGAAGCUUUGAAUGACGGCCCAGUGACGGCGCUGGUCUGGGCAGAGCUGCUGUUCAACUACGACAGCGGUGUCAUCAGUUGGCAUUGCCAGUAA